UGUUAACACGUUGUUCCAGCAAUUUUUGAGAUUUUGUUGUUCUACGAUUUUCAUAUUGCAUUUAAAGUUUAAAUUAUAAAUUUUACUAUUCCUCUUCAUAUACAACUAUGGCUGUACAACCGAAUCAACAAUUUCAAAUGGAUGUUUCAAGUCAACAGAGCUUCGUUAGAUACUUUAAAAACCUCCCAGAAAAACUCAAUACUACUAUACGAUUUUUUAAUAGAACAGAUUAUUACACAUUACAUGGUAGUGAUGCUUUAUUUGCUGCACAGGAAGUUUUUAAAACCACAGCUGUUUGUAAAAUGUUAGGAUCUGAUCCAUACAAAAUUGAGGGUGUUAUUCUCAAUAAGAACCAUUUUGAGUCUUUUAUACGUGAUUUAUUAUUAGUGAAACAAUAUAGGAUAGAAGUUUACGUCAAUCAAGGUUCAGCAAAAAAUCAAAAUUGGGUAUUAGAAUAUAAGGGUUCUCCUGGCAAUUUAACACAGUUUGAAGAUAUAUUAUUUGAUAAUAACGAUGUGGCAGUUAGUGUACGCGUAAUAGCGGUGAAAUUGGGGGUAGAAGGAAAAUCAAGAGUCGUUGGUUUAAGUUGCGUAGAUACUACUGCAACCCUAUUUUCUGUUUGUGAAUUUCAAGAUAAUGAGUCAUUUUCUAAUCUGGAAUCUCUUAUUGUUACACUUGCUCCUAAAGAAUGUUUAUUAAUUCAAGGCGAAGGUAGUCACGAAUUUCAAACUCUAAAGCAGUUAAUGGAACGAAAUAAUAUAAUGGUCACUUUGAGAAAAAAGAACGAAUUUUCGAGCGAGUCAAUAGUGCAAGAUUUAAAUACUUUAAUAAAAUUCAAAAAAGGACAACAACAAAAUGUACAAUCUCUGCCUGAGACCAAUUUAAAUCUUGCUAUGUCAUCUACUUCUGCUCUUAUUAAAUAUUUAGAUUUAACAUCAGGUGAAGGAAAUUUAAAUCAAUUUAGCAUGGACCAAAUAGAACAGUCGCGUUAUUUGAAACUAGAUUCAGCUGCUAUGAAAGCACUUAACAUUGAACCACGUGCUGACACUCUAUCAGUAUUAAAUGGAAAUGCCCCUACAAGUAUUUUAGCCCUGUUGGAUAAAUGCAGAACACCUCAGGGUCAUAGGCUUCUUGCACAAUGGAUUAGGCAACCUCUUAAAGAUUUGUCCCUUAUAAAAGAGAGACACGACAUUGUUGAAGCAUUAGUGAAUGAUAAUGAAUUAAGGUCUGGACUUAAUGAAGAUCAUUUAAGGCGCAUACCAGAUUUACAAGUACUUGCAAAAAAAUUAUCCAGCAAAAAAGCAACUUUGCAAGAUUUGUAUAAGAUUUACACAUGUGUAUUACAUUUACCAAGACUAGUAAAACAAUUAUCUGAUAUGAACACAGUGGCCUUACGUACAAUGUUCACUGAUCCCUUAAUUGAACAUCUUAAAGACAUGGAUAAGUUUCAACAGAUGGUUGGUGAAACAAUUGAUUUGGAUGCUGCUGAAAGAGGAGAUUUCUUAGUUCGAUCAGAAUUUGAUGAAGAAUUAAAAGAGUUGAAAGUUUCUAUGGAUGAAGUGGAAAGACAAUUACAAGCACAGUUAUCUAAGGUUGCUAACGAUCUCUCGAUCGGAACUAGCAAAAUACUAAAACUAGAAUCUAAUCAACAAUUUGGCUAUUAUUUUCGUGUCACACUAAAGGAUGAAAAAGUGUUAAGAAAUAAAAAACAUUACACUAUUUUGGAUUCUAAUAAACAGGGCGUACGAUUCCGGAGCAAUGAAAUGAACUACUUAAAUGACGAUUAUAUUGCUGCCAGAGAAAAGUAUACAGUAGAACAGAAAAAGGUUGUGACAGAAAUAAUAGAAAUUGCAGCUGGUUACAAUAGUCCAGUAAAAGCUAUUGGAAAUGUGCUGGCCAGUCUUGAUGUACUCACUGCCUUUGCAUCUGCUGCCAUAAGUGCCAAUAAACCAUACAUUCGUCCUGAAAUGUUGCCCAGUGAAGCAGGCGAAUUAAACCUUGUUCAAGUUCGACAUCCAUGCUUAGAAGUUCAGGAAGGAGUAGAUUAUAUAGCCAAUGAUGUCAAUUUUAAAAGAGGACAGUGUCAUUUUUGUAUCAUAACUGGCCCGAAUAUGGGAGGUAAAAGUACUUAUUUAAGAUCCGUUGGUGUUGCCGCAUUAAUGGCGCAUAUUGGAAGUUUUGUUCCCUGUGACAAAGCACAAAUAUCGUUAUUGGAUUGUAUAUUAGCGCGUGUAGGAGCCGAUGAUUCUCAAUUAAGAGGACUUUCUACAUUCAUGAUGGAAAUGAUAGAAACUGCUGCUGUAUUAAGGACGGUUACAUGUAAUUCUCUUGUGUUGAUUGACGAGUUAGGCAGAGGUACUUCUACUUAUGAAGGUUGUGGUAUAGCAUGGUCAAUUGCAGAGUAUUUAGCAAAAGAAAUUAAAUGCUAUUGCCUUUUUGCAACACAUUUCCACGAAAUUACUAAAUUAGAGGAGGAAGUGCCUGCUGUUAAAAACAACCAUGUUACAGCUCUUGUCAAUAACAAUAAGUUAACAUUAUUGUAUAAAGUCAAACCAGGUGUGUGUGAUCAGAGUUUUGGAAUACAUGUUGCUAAAAUGGCCAAUUUCCCUCAAGAUGUGAUAGAGUUUGCUAAACGCAAACAAGCAAAACUUGAAGAUUAUCAAGCUUCAGUUUUUGAAGGAUCUGAUAAUCCACAGAAGAAACAAAAAAUAAUCAAGGAAGCUGAAGGAAUUAUUACAGAAUUUGUUAACAAAUGUAAGAAGUUGGAUAAACUUUUGUCAGAUCAAGAUUUAAAAGAUAAAAUUUCAACAUUUAAGAAACAAGCUUUGUCUCGCAAAAAUCCUUACAUAGAAGCGCUUCUUGCUGCUUCCUAA